AUGUCUGAGCUGGAGGAAAAAAAUAAAGCUGGUGGUGAACUUCGAACUCUUACCGCGCAAAAAAUGACAUUAGCAAGUAAACUUCGUUCUAUUACCGACUCAUUUCGAUUUCAAGCGAAUCGGUUUUGUCAAAAACGAUAUAUAAAUAAUCCGGAACAAGAACAAUAUCGUUCUUUAUUGCUGCAUCUGAAAGAAGAUAAAUCACUUGUUAUUACUCGACUUGAUAAAGGCAGAGGAGUUGUAUUAAUGAAUAAAAACGAGUACUUGUCCAAGAUGUAUGCAACUGUUAAUGAUUCAUCUAAAUUUAAACGUCUAUCUAUGGACCCUACAGUUGCUAGGGAACAAAAUCUUAUAAAUUUAUUAAACCGAUUGUUAAAAGAAAAGUCCAUAACAAAACAAUUUUUCAAAAUUUCAUGUCCUAAACAGGGUUGCCAGAUGCUAUAG